AUGAAAUUUGAGAACCAGACCAAACAUUUCUCUCAUCACGUCAAAGUGGGUCCAUGUUUCACUCGCCCUGCUUAUCGAGACGGUAGGCGUAAAACAGCUGUAAAGGUCUUCACCGUAGCUGAUGAGUCAUGUUAUCUCCUGAUAUUUGGAGUCCCAUCACUGGACCUGGAGCACCCUUUAAAGGAGAAAUGUAAACAGUAUGGGAAUGUCCAAAGUGUGGUGAAAAUUAUUGAUUAUCCAGACAAAGAAACAUUUACUGAUGUUUUUGUCGUAAAAUAUGAUAAUCUCAAAGCCGCAAGGUGUGAAUAUAUGCCAAGCCUGUAUGAAUGCAGGCAUUUAAAUGCAAGGAUUUCCAGGAAAGUGGAACAUGAGUAUCUUCAGAAAUUCUCUACUAAAUGUCAAACAUCAGAUCCGGAUUCUUCAGUUCUUCCAUCACCAUCUGUAUCAUCAACAUCAGUAAAAUCUGAUUUGUCAGAAUCUAUAAAAUUAGAAAUACCAACUAAUCGGGAUAUAACUGUUCUACCGGUUUCACAAGAAAACACAAUGCAUUCCAAUGAGUCCGCCACCUACCAAUCAUAUGACGCUUUAGAUGACUCUCGGCUUUAUUGGAGGAAACUUGGAAUUACAUUAUUUGACAAACAUCAAACAGCCUGUAAUUUCGGUGCUUCUUGUCCUACUACUGCUGCUACUAUCAAUUAUCCAUCUAUUCCCACACCUUGUGAUUUAUCAGUUGCCCCAAAACGUUCAAUACCCCUUUCUGUCCAACAGGCUUUAAGUUGUCGACCAUACUUGGAGAAUAUUUCAAAACCUAAUACAUCGUUGUCAGUCAGCAAGGUAUCCUCUGACACUAACAAAACAGUGAAGCACUACCCAUCUAACUCCUUAAUCCCACGCGUUAUAAUUAGUAAAGAAUAUAGAAGAAAACACUCAACAAACUCAGAAGCUCUUCCACAAGUAUCAAAGUCAACAGCCCCUAUUUCUGUAGGUGAAUUAAAACGAUUAGCCUAUUCAUUAGGUCCCAAACAAGGACCAAGUUUACCGCCAACACAAGAUCAAAGGGAAAAUAAUAUUGAUCGAACAAGGAUUGUAUUUCAUCGUUCAAAUUCCAAACGACAUUGUACACAUCCUUCAGAAUCUACAGACAAUUGA